AUGGCGUUGGCGGCGGAGGGGAGGGCGGCGAGGCGGAGGGGGGCGGUUGGGUCGGCGGCGACAGUGGCGGCGAGCGUGGUGGGGCGAGCUGGCCAGGAGACAGAGGCGAGGGUGGCGGCGGUGAUGGAGGCGGCGACAAUGGCGUUGGCGGCGGAGGGGAGGGCGAGGCGGAGGGGGGCGGUUGGGUCGGCGGCGACAGCGGCGGCGAGCGUGGUGGGGCGAGCUGGCCAGGAGACAGAGGCGAGGGUGGCGGCGGUGAUGGGAGGCGGCGACAAUGGCGUUGGCGGCGGAGGGGAGGGCGAGGCGGAGGGGGGCGGUUGGGUCGGCGGCGACAGUGGCGGCGAGCGUGGUGGGGCGAGCUGGCCAGGAGACAGAGGCGAGGGUGGCGGCGGUGAUGGAGGCGGCGACAAUGGCGUUGGCGGCGGAGGGGAGGGCGAGGCGGAGGGGGGCGGAGGGGAGGAUACGACGGAGGAUGGCGGCGGCGAGGGCGACGAGGGUGAUGGCGAAGGUGGCGCCACUGGAGGCGAGAAGGAGGAAGUGGGCGAGGCGGUGGAGCAGGAUGGCCGGGACGAGGCGCUGGGCGACGAGGAGAUGGAGGUGACAAACGAGGAGAAGGAGGGAGAGGAGGCGCAAAUGAGCGACGACGAGGUGGAGGCGGAGGCCGAGGUGGAAGCGCAGGUGGAGCAGGAGGCGGCGGAGGAGGCGGCGGAGGAGGCGGAGGAGGCGGCGAUGAGCGAGGACGAGGUGGAGGAGGUGGCGCCGCCGCUUCAAAGCUCCGCCGCUGACGCUGAUACGCUCGAAGGCGGCGACGUGCAGAUCUCCGCUGCAUCAGGCGCCCGUCUGUCGAUAGUCGCCCAGAGAUGCCCUAACUUACUGCCUCUGGUUUGCAUGUGCCUGCUGCCCGAGCACCUGCCGCACCAGCGGGCGCUCUGCCCGCUCCACUCCUUCUAUGCGACCAAGAGGCUGGUCGCGGCGCCCGUCGAUGGCAACGAGGCGGCGUUGCCCGAAUUGCUACUGCCUCAUCUGCGACGCGUGUGUCCGAGUGCGGCCAUUGGCGGGGCGGCGAUCCAGCGAAUUGCAACGCGCACGGCGACAGCGCAUUCUGGCGCCAGAAGCGCGUCACCGCCAAGCGACAGCGCACGCGGGCAGCGCAGGUGA